AUGGUAGGUAUUAAUCCACACGUGUCAACGAGGCAAAUUGAAAGAGAAUUAGGUAUUUCGAAAACAACAAUUCUUAGGAUCUUGGCCAUUCACAACUUCCAUCCAUACCAUAUUACUCUGACACAACUAUUAACACUCGACGAUUCUCAACGAAGACUAGAAUUUUGUAGGUGGGCACAGACAAUGUUGAAUCGUGAUCGAACAUUUUUCAGAUUUGUUUUAUUUAGUGACGAUGCAACUUUUCAUAACACUGGACAAUUAAAUCGGCACAAUUGUCACUAUUGGUCUGUUGAAAAUCCACAUUGGUAUCGAGAAGUUAAUCACCAACAUCGCUGGAGCUUCAUUGUAUGGUGUGGCAUACUAAAAGGAAACCUUAUUGGCCCUUAUUUCUUUAACGAAAAUGUUAAUGGUAAUAAUUAUUUACACUUUGUACAACAACGAUUGCCGGAAUUGCUUGAAGAUAUCGAUCUAGAAACAAGACUACGCAUGUUCUUUCAACAGGAUGGUGCUCCAGCACACUGGAGUAGGAGAGUUAGACAUCACUUGGAUCUCAAAUUUCCAGGUAGAUGGAUAGGACGCGGUGGACCAGUGUCAUGGUGUCCUAGGUCUCCAGACUUGACAAAUUUAGAUUUCUUUUUAUGGGGAUACCUGAAGAACAUUGUAUACUCAACAGCACCCACAACAAGAGAGAAUAUGAUGGAGCGCAUAACUAUUGCCUGCCGAAGCAUUCCGAAAAAUAUACUUUUAUCGACAGUUGACAGUUUUGAACGUCGAGUUCAAUUAUGCAUAGAUAAUAAUGGACAGGUAUUUGAACACUUGUUAAGGUCAUAA